CCCCAAAACGACGACGAGGCGCCCCCCCGAAUGCCGGUCGACUGUAUCGCUGACCACUCGUCGACGGCAGCGACUGUGUCGGCGAUCGGCCAACAGUAUCCCGGAGACGGCAGCACCAGCAACAGACCUGCAACACUGGAGGACCAGCGACAGCAGUAUUUUUUUUAUUUUUUAAAUUUUUUUUUAACACCUCCAGCGAAGGUUGUUCACAAUAACCGUUAUUAAUUUUCAUUACUAUUGUAUUAAAAUAUUAUUUUAUCGACUCGCCGACUCCGAGUUCGGCGCAACGUAUAUUUUUAUAAUAUAGUUGCAGUGGCUUAGUGUCGAUUUCGCGUCGACGUUUCGUUUAUCGUAUUAACCACUGCGUUUUUCUUUGUAACCGCGUGAGACCGGAAACGCGAAAUAAAAAUAUUCAAACUGCCCCCACAGUGCAGUUCCGAGGGCGGCAAUCCGCACUCUCGCUAAACACCGCCAUCCAUCGUUUGGCAUUUGCAACGACGUUUAUUGUGGUGACAAGCAGCCAACGAUGAGGACCAUCGGCAGCAGCAGCACGAGCUGCAGCGUCAUGAUUUUAACGACCAUUGUGCUGGUCGUCGCGACCGCGGCCUUUGAAGAUUUCAACGCCGCCGUGCCGUCACUCCGGGCUAACAUCAAUGGUGAACCACAAAAGCAACUACAGCGUGAAACUAGAUCUUUAGACGUCAUCACUCGGCUAUUGGGUAGCAGCAGUGGAACAGUAGCUGGAUCAUCAUCCAGCGGAUCGCUGACCGGAGGAGCAGAUUCAGCUUCGGCACCGGCCGAUGGUAGCAGUGGCAGUAGCGGUGGCAGUGGCAGCGGAUCCGUACUUAAUCUAGUCGCCCCGUUAGUGGGCAGUAGUAGUGGCAGCGUAAGCGCUGGAUCCUCAGGAAGCGCAUCUGGCACAGGAGACGUCAGCAAAACCGACGGUAGUGGCCCGGACUUGGCUGGUCCAAAUGGAGCCACAGGUGGCAGUAGCUUUUCCAGUAUUCUGUCUCUUUUGGGACCCAUUUUAGGUAGCAGCAGCGGUAGCGGUGGUAAUGGUGGUGAUCCAGGAGACAAUACUAGUGGAGGUACCGGAAGUCCGGCUGGUUCUAAUGUCUUAAGCUUGUUGUCCGGUAUUUUGGGUAGCAGCAGCGGGUCUAGUGGUACUUCAUCUGGCAAUGGUGGCGCUGGAGCUAGCGAUUCGUCAACAGAUGGUGCAGGUGAUGACACGGGUACCGGAGCGGGUGGUUCAGGAUCCAGUAGCAUAUUGCAACUGAUUGGGCCACUGUUAGGCAGCAGCAGCGGUGGAAACGGCGGCGAUGGUGGAGAUGGUACCAAUGGCGGUGCCGGAGGUGGUUCUGACAUUUUGGGUUUCUUAGGAUCAAGCAGUGGUUCUAGCAGUGGAGGACCUGGAGGAAAUGGAGGCGCUACAGCUUCUGGAACCCCGGUAAGGAGGCGUCAGAUUGGAGGCCUUUUCCGUCGACCAUUCGCAGCAAACACUAACGAACCGGACGUCACGUAUACACAAUUGUUAAACGACCGACCCCGGGACUUGCGUCGCCGAUUGUGGUUGUAAAUCACUAGUAGCAGUGGUAACGGCGAUGGGAGUGUCAUACACUCAGUACCUAGUAUAGUAGUAAUUGAGCACUAACACCAGCUUAAGCUCACUCUAUAUGUAUAUAUAAUAGUUUAAUUGACCGGAUAAUAAGCGUCAUACAACGUUUAGGUCAUCAUAAUCGUCGUUUGUACAUAAAAUAUGCUAUGCAAUUAUAAAUUAAAGUACGGAUAAUUUAAAAUAUAGACGGUGACAACGAUGAUAAAAUCGAUACAAAAAAUAUUAUCGUUAUGUUUGUUCCAUUCGCUGACUACUCUUAAUUUUUCACACACACACUUAUUAAACACUCUCUCUUUCUUUUUCUCUGAUCAUAUUUGUAAUACUCACUGAUACAAGAACUAUACGAAAGUUUUCAAAACUUUUAAUAGACACAUUUUUCACGUAUAAUUUUAAAAAUGAAAAAUAUAAGGAAAAUGCUUUUUAUAGUAUUAUAAAAAUAAUAUUAUAACAUCGUGUUUUUGGAAAAAUAAUAUCGUUUAAUUCAUAAUUAUUCAAACGGUGGAAUAGACAAGACAUUAAUAAGUACAUUUUUGAUUUUGAUUUCUUACGGUUGACCACUGAUUACUGUUUUCGCGAAUACAUUGAGAAACCUCUUCUAUAAUAAUAUUUCUAGUCUUUCAUCGUCGGCGUCUGUUUUUGACCGUCCAUCCGUACGUCGUCUUAAUAUAAAUUAUAAUAAGUUAUUACAUCUAUAUAAUGUAUAUUUAUAAUAAAUACAUUAUACAUAUAUAUUAUAUGCAUAUUUAUAAAUUUAAUAGUUUAAUGUAGCUCAUAUAAACUUAUUUGUGUACACACGUGUACUAUGUAUGUACUAUGUGCCUAUGUGUGUGUAUACAAACGAAACGCCAUAUUAUCAUUGUCAUACCUAUAUCAUAUAUAUUUAAACGUUAAAGCAUUCAUUUUUUUUUACAUUCGAUAUAGUUUAUUAUAAGACUUAGUAAUAAAUGAUUAGUUAGUAGAGUAGUAAUUGUAGUAAUCCACACAUAUACAUCGAAAUCUAGAAUAGUAUAAUGGUAGCGGUGUACCUAUAGUAUUGAAUAUAAAUAUAUUUUUUUUGUAUUACAAAUAGACAGGUGGUAAUAAUAAUUGUAGUUUAGACAGUUUUAAUAUUAUUAUAUAGUUUAUUGUACAUAUCUACCAAUAUAAGACGGGAAUCAAAACGCGAUAUGAUGAUAAGGAAUAUUUAGAAAAAAAAAUUUCCGUUGAAAUGUAUAAUAUUUUAGCAAAAUCCUUAUCGUCAAUAAUUUCGUGUAUAGUACAUAAUCAUUAUUAUAGUUUGUAUAUUAUGAAAA